ACAUUUUUUUUUAUUGUAAUUUCAAAAUAAAUACAACUGUUCUCCAAUCUACUCAAAUAAUUUAUUUAUUCGUAAUUCAAAUCAAAUGAAACUCUUUCUUAAAACCUCAACUAAUUAGAAAAUCUUUCUUUUGUUCUUAUUAAAUUUAACCCCAUAACUUAUAACACUCAAAAUGCCAAAACGUAGACGAUUAUUGACGCCAUCGAAAAACAAAACAAAAGUAAAUCAGACUGAUAUUAAUAAAGAUGAUCUUUUUAAAAGUUUAUUAUAUAAUAAACAAGUAUCUACAGCGCGAGGUCGCCUUAAAGGUGCACUGAUGGAAGCAUUGGAACCAGUCGGUGAAGAUUCCGAUACUUCGCUGGAACAUAGUCCAACGAAAAGAGAUCGGAAUGCAACCCAAGAAAACAGAAGUAAUUACACAUCAGAUGAGGAGGACAGGUCACAAAGGAAGCCAUCACCACAGCGCCAGUCCUAUGUCUUGAAAUUGUUUGACAGGAGUGUAGACCUUUCACAAUUUGAUGAAGAUUCACCAUUAUACCCAAUCUGCAGAGCAUGGAUUGCUAACCAACCUAAAGCCGAUUACAGUAAAUUUGGAUCUAGAUUCAAAAGUCCUGAACCAAAUGAGGACAGUGUCGAAUUACCAGGUCCUGAAGGCCCUUCGGUGUCUAGAAUACCAGAACUGUUACCAGAACAAAGGGAACGCAGUGGCAACAAUAUUAAUCUUAAUUAUCGCGACGGCCCACUGCCCAGCAGGGAGCAGCUGCUGCAGUCGCACGCGGCGCGCUGGGCGGCGGUGCGGCAGGCCUGGCUCGACCAGGCCGCCCGGGUGGAGGCGCGCUACGAGACCACGCAACAGUUACUCAACAAAAUCAAUGUCAACUCAAUGUGAUGGACUUCAAAACUCUGCUUGGUGAUUUGAGAUGAUUUUUAUCAAUAUAUAAUUUAUACAAACAAGAUCAUUAACUAAAUACUGUACAGUUUUUGUAAUUAUUCUUUUGUGUAUCAACAAAUCAUUGAUUAUGGUUGAUUGAAUAACUAUAUUGAUUACUCAAUUAAAGAUAAGUAUUCGUUUUAUAAUGAUUUAUUUGUAAAUAAACAAUUAAGCAUG